AUGAAGGGCCCCAGCGGCCUGGCGGUGACAGCCUUGGCCCUUCUCCUGGCGCUGUCUGUCCUGGGAAACAGCAGCGGCGCUCCGCAGAGACUCUUUGAGAGGAGAAACUGGACUCCCCAGGCGAUGCUCUACCUGAAGGGCGCGCAGGGCCGCCGCUUCAUCUCGGACCAGAGCCGCAGGAAGGAGCUGGCAGACCGGCCGCCUCCAGAAAGACGGAACUUGAAUCUUCAACCACUAACUCUUCCAGAAGCUGUAGCGCUGCUGCUGGCUUCAUUGCAGAAACCACAAAAAGAUGUGUCCCCAAACCCCAGCGCCAUUGGAACCCUGAAAGAGGAGAGGCAAGGGCAAAGGGCAAAGGGGCUCUGCCUUGCUCGGGUCAGCCUUUGGUCCACGCCCCUCCGUGCUUGGUGA